UCCGUUUUCGGGAAAUCAAAAAUGUGUCAAAGUCGGCGUUCAAAAUACUUUGAUAAUUUUAUUCAUUUUAUUGUUUGAAAUCGUAUUUUGCACCGUAAAGUGGGACCGAUAGUUUUAAGGAAAUAAUUUUUUAGCUGAUUUUGUUUUAUUAACAAUGGAUAUUAACGAAGGGACAACAACAGAAGACCUAUGGACUCCUUACAGGGAGCUAGCAGCAGUAGUAGAGAGCUACCUCACAAACGAGAGCAGCGGAGCACCAUAUGCCGUUCACACAUUUGAAUCAGUAUUGAGAAGACACAAACAAACUUUUUUGUCACUUUUGAAGAAUCCUGCAAAGAAUCCAGCAAGCAGGGAAGAAAUAAAAAGAGGUAUAACUGAAGGCGUAAACCUGCCCAGUGUGGGACGGACGGUCCUGUCCAAAGAACUAGUAGAUGAGGCUAUCAUUAUAUCAGAUAUGUACAAUGCAAAUGAAUUUGCCUGCCUGGAGUUACUACAUACAGCUCAAAGACAGAGUUCGCGGCGACCCGGCCUGGCGCGGGGCUUGAUUGCUGUGUUCUUGUACUACGAUGGCAGAAGAGCCCUAGUGCAAGCCCUACGAGAGCUUAUUAUGGCCAGAGAUGGUGUAUCAUGGUCAAUAAACGCUCGCGAGGAAGUAGUGUCAUACGUAUCUCGUUACGUAGGACAGUUGAUAUCAGAUGGAUUGCUGGGGGGAGUGUUAGACGCGUUGCGGCGCUGCGACCUGGACACGGAGCUCGACCUUCUGCGACGAAAUAGGGCUCUGCCGCCUAGGAAGUACCACGUCAAACUCGUCAGCACUAUACAGAACACGAGAAAACUUCUCGCAGGAGUUGUGUUCGCGGCUUCAGCUCAGCGUGGUUUGGAAAGGGACACGCUGCUCAGGCUUUUAUCUGAACAAAUGACGUCACCUUCCAAAGGGCCGACCGGUGCUCUGGAUGAGAUAUCAUUGGCUUUACAAAUGGCUUUAUUGUAUGCCUUGGAUCUAUCUGUUUUACACAGGAGAGAAGACGGUGAAGAACUAGCCAAAAAGCUACCCCUAAUUCUGGAUCCAGACUUAAUAUCAGUAUUACUAGACCAGCUCUCACCACCCUCCCAGCCCAACCCAAGUCAGAACCAGGAAGAUAACAAGAACAGUUCUGGGCUUAGAGCUUUGUGUCAGUUGUCGUUGGGCUUGGCCCUAGCGGCCUUGAAGAGGGCGCCAGUGUCGCUGUUGAGGAGAACUGAGCCAAAGACUGAGCUUCUGGAUCAAGAUGAGAUGUUGGUGGAUGCGGCGAUUGAUGGAGGGGUGUUUGAAUAUCUAGAUGAGGCCAUUCUGUCCACUGAUCUGGUAGCUUCGGAAGAAUACUACCAGAGGCGCAUACAUUCCCUGAUAACGGACUUUAUUGUUCUCAUGCAUUCCAAACUCAUGGAGAUGAGGGUCAAGGCUGAGGAAGCGGCCCGAGCAGCGCAAAUGUACAUGGCCGAAGGACUGACGGCGCCGGGUGGGGCCACGAGGUCUCGACUUGAAGCGUUGCUGCGUUGCGUGGAGCGCUUGUACGCGCGGGACCCGUUAAACUUGCGUCGCGACUACUGGUUGGCGUGUGACACAUCUUCACACAACUACAGGGCUGGCGGCAGGGCAGCCACGCUGUACAAGUUCGUGCGUCUGUCGGGCGAGGUGGUGGUGGCAGCCCUAUUGCCCGCAUACUUGCGCGCUCUCGCAGCGCUCGCCGUUCCCAAGCACACGUGGGCGUUACUAGCACGCAGGGACGCGCUGUCCGCGCACCAUCUGCUCACGGCACUGUCAUUGUACCACCGAAAUCUCCGAGCCGACCCAGCGCCUUUUUCCGAUCACCUCCACUCGUCAUCUCUAGGAGCCUCUGCGAUAGUGACUCCGGCGGCAAGACCCGGUCGGUUGCUGGUUAGACAAGAAGAGGUAGAAGCGAUGAUAGCAGCUUUAAAACUGAUAGCGGCCGUGGCUCACACAGACGAAGCGGCCUGCAUAAGUAUAUGCGAAAACCUGCAGUGGGAUGCAGUUAAUUGCAUGUUUGGUCUAAUUUGCUGCCACGUACCAUUACAACUGAAAGCUGAGUUGUGUUUGACGCUCGCGGCGUUGGGCGGUACACCGGGCACGGCGGGGCGUGUUUGGGCCGCACUGGAGGCCGCACAGUUGGUUUCCGUAUCAAAGGAUAAAAGGGCACUCAAUGUUGAGUUGCAGGAGGUGGAAUGUCGCGUAGAAGAGUACCCGCUAUCCCGCGCAUUCCUCACAUUACUAGACUCGUUAUGCGCCGCGGCGCCGCUUCCGCGCACCCUGGGCGCUGGUACAAGACCACCCGGUCUGGAUCCUUAUGUGGACCACGCGCUCAAUCGUCUCGCGCUACCGGCCCCGCAUAGACCUUACUCCAGACCUCAUGAGAAGUGGCAGGUGUUAUCAAUCAGUUUCCGCCUGUUCGCGCGUUGGCUCGACCAGUACGAGCCGUCAUCGGCCGACUUCCCACCGUCGAACCGAGAGCCGGACGUGAACCCGCCGCCAGGGUUCCGUCUGUUACUGCAGCUGCACACCAAGUCGGAGUUCCUGCGGCUGGUGCUCACCACCUUGGACGAGGCCCAUGAGCUGAUGGACCGCCAGACUGCGCCUGAACACGUAUUCGUUCAAUCAACGCUCAUAAGUUCGCUGAGUAUCCUGGAGCGAGCCCUGGCGCUGGAGCGGCCCCUCAACGCGGCCGCGGCGGAGGCGGGCCGGGGCGUGCUGGUCGUUGGACUGUCUAAGCUUAUUUUGGCUCCGGAAGGGCCUGACAAUACCGAUCGUCUAGUGACAUGCUGCAAAGUCCUGGAGCACGGCGCGGUGUUGCCAGAGGCAGCCGCGAAGGCCGUCGCGCUGUUGUGCCGGGCCCUACAAUCUCCCUCUUGUGCUCGACACUUGCUCGCGUCGGUGCUACAUCGCCAUGAACUCUCCGUAGAGAUCCGGCACGGAUUUGUGGAGUGCCUGGAAGCGGAAGAGUGGGCAGCGGGGGAAGUGUGCCCGGGCGGCGCGGAGCACGCGCGCGCGGCCAAGGAGGGGGUUGUUUUGCUCCUUCUGCAGCUUCUGCCCACCGCGCCUCACAGCCUCGCGCACUUUCUACUGGGAUAUAACCUCCACGAUGAUAUAUCCAAGAGUGUACUCCAAGAAGCCGGCAGCGCGGGCGCGCCUCGAACGUGCUUUCACUCCAUACUGGACAUACUCGAAGCUUACAUUGCACCCAGCGGGAACACACAAAAGGAAGCAACUACCUUAAUAGAGAGUUGUUAUCGCCUUCUGUACUGGAUAUGCGCUCGGCCCGCCACUUCGCCGCCCGCACUACGUUUCCUGAGAGCAAGGGACUACUUCCUCGCUAGACACGUCAAAGCCACCGUUAAUCUCGAGACCGCAACUCCGGCGACGAUAUCGUCUCGCUCGUGGGCGAUCCGCGCGUGCGCGUGCGAAGCGGGCGCGGCGGGCGCGGGCCGACACCACGCGGCGCUGCAAGCGCUGCUGACCGCUUUAACGCAUUCCCCGCAACGGAACGCACAGGUAUGGGAAUGGUGCGUGAUCCGUCGUUCGCUGGAGUCUUUGCCAGUGACCGUGGAAGCGGUCCCCGAGCCUCGCUGGGAGCUGUUCCACGCGCACCAACUACGACAGGCUAUUGCGGAUUGCGACCUUCCUACAGGUCUCGGCGGCAAGCGUAUCAGUGUUUCGCGCGUCAAUGCUCUACUGACGCGCGAACUCGCGUCGCUGCGCGCUUCUACUCAGAGGGAACUCGUCGUUGUAGAAAUACAAAAAGUCCUGGACUACGUAACGGAAGUGAACAAACAACGAAACCUCGCAGCCACACUGUCCCACUACUACGACUCGUGGCGACAACUCACAGAAAUACUAUUCUGCGUUGCGCCCCAAGACUUGCUCAACGUCGAAUCCCGAAAGAAUCUCAUUCUAAAUAUACUCCAAGACCUUCUAAACAAAAUACCCCCAGCUGAAGUUCUACCACAAAUCGGGAAUCUAGCUUCUGGAACUGUUUUACUAUUACUAGUCAAUCUCCGACAUUGCUACAUACUCCAAAAACGAGAAUCUUCAUUAAAAUCAGCUGAUUUCGAAACCAGCUUUUUUGGUCCUUCGAACCAGAUAAUGCAAACGAAAUCCCUAACUUUGAAAUUCAUAUUACACAAAAUUUUAAGUUGGAUUUUGGUGUCUGGUGUUUCGACUCCGAAAAUUCGGGUUAAUUUAUACGGGGCAUUGUUAAACUUUUUGAAUAUUGUGAAUUUGAAGCAAAGCCCAGCGGAUCCGGAAGAAGAAGGGAAUACGACUUAUGUUAGUCGAUUGGAUAGUUCGAAAGCGAGGCCGAGUCGAGAAGAAUCGAAUUUAAAAUCGAUGGCAAUCGAUGUUAUAAACGGUUUUGGGGAUAACUUGUGCUCGAUUGUAUGCAGCGAUUGUAUUGGAGGGGGGCACGAUGUUUGUCGUAUGGUUGCGUUAUCGUGUCUUGAUACGUUGAUCGAAAUAAAUCCGUGCACUGAUUGGAUGAAUACAUUGACCAAUCAGGGGUAUUUGAGGAGUUUAAUUGACAGCCUGCUGCAAGAUGACGAAGGAUUGCGAGAAGCACUCGAACCGAACCCAAAAUCGCUCCGAGUAUUAUACGUCUACGAAUCAAAAAUGGCUUUGCUAAUCAAAAUAGCGGGAACCCGCCUGGGAGCUGAAACGAUAUUGGCCCAAGGUGCUUUGUCAUGUUUGGCCAACAUGCGCGUAUUGGACUGUCACCCCGAUAUACACACGGGGUAUGGGAACCACCAAGACACGGAAUUUGUCCCUUCUGUGGCCAAUAGGUUUCGAGACAUAUUGGUCCCAGCGUUGGCACUCUGCGACGCGUUGCUGACCACGCUGGGCGCAGAGAACCACAGCUGCGUCCUGCACGUCACACACUUUCUGCUCAGCCAUCUCGAGUGCGUCGAUAUGGUGCUAAGAGCGGCCCACCCGAACUCGCCGCAAGGAUUACUAAUAGAACUAGAAGCGUUAACAUCAGUGAUAGCUCGCACGUCGAACCGGGAGGUGUUCGGUUCAGUCGCGGCUGACACUGCGCUGCAGCACAGCGCUGCGGGCGUGCAGAGGGUCCAGUAUCUGAUGCUGGCUCUGUUGCCGCGCUUCCAGCAACCGCCGCCUGAGUCGCCGGACUAUGACGCAAGGAUUUACUACAAAAUCGUAUGGAACCUACUAAUGUUCGCACGUAACACGCUCGAGGAAGCGGGCGCGUCGGGCGCGGCGGGGUCUGAAGGGAUAAGACGCGCCGGUCGCGUCGCGUUGGUACUUCUGCAAGUGCUGCUGCGACGGUCGCACACUCACGCCAAGCUGCUGGAUACAGUGCAUCAUCAGCUGCCCAAAGUGCACUCCAUGACGCUCAGCGAUAUGAAAAAGCUUUUGGGUGAGGACGUAACACCCGCGUCUCCAGUAGAGGCGCGCGCGAGCGUGGUCCACACCCUCCGCGCUCGAGCGCGCGCUCGGCGCCUCGAGCUGGAGUGUUGCGAGCAAGCCGCGCACGCUGCCCUGCAUCUACUGUGGGCGCAUACUAGGCUGUACCUGCGCGCCGCAAUACCUGUUAGCAACGGGGACACGGCGAUAUCAAAGUCGGCGGCCAUCCACGGCGCGGCGGGCGACGAGCCGACGGAACUCCGCAAGGAACUACUAUCCGUGUUCAACGAAAGAUUCGUUGACGAACUCUUAGACACUGCUAAGAACCAGCCGCCCGUCCAGCGCGGCUUCCUCGAGGUACUUGUAAAGGACAUCAAGCUUAUGAUCCAGUUCUCGCCGCUCUAGCGUUUAGUUAACUAUCAAUAUCGUGUACAGUACUACCACUUUUAUAAGUCGCAUUGGCAAUUUCGCAUUGGCAUUCGUUUGCACAGCAAAACCGCAACCAAACGUCAACUAAAAGCGAUUGUAUGCCAAGGAAAUACCGACCUUAUUGCUUGACGUUAAGAUUUUAAACACAAGAACAACAGAGACUCGUUGGCAUCUCGUUCAUAAUAGGGAUGAUGACUACUAGCCAAAUCAGUGACUUUUUAUCAAACGUCAAAACGCUCGCUUGGGAAGGGAGCUUAUAUGGAAUUCACAUGAGACGUCAUAAACAUUUGACGUAAUUUGACGUACUUUUUUAGUUAAAUCGAUAAUAAUUUAUAAUGGUUAGCAAACUUAAAACUAACAGCGGAUGUGGGUUUCACGAGGGAAGACCCUCUUUUUAAUAAUUCCUAAGAAAUAAUUUAUUUUUGACGUAGGCAUCAUCCCAAUUUGUGCAUAUAAAGCAUAACACGUUGGCAACAGCCAAUAGCGGACUGACGCGCGCUAUGAUUGGCUGAGAUAUUUUCGCGCCAUUCAAAAAUAAUAUUUCUGCGCAGGUACAUCGGCGUAAUUUAUAAAAGCGUUAGUACUAAAGUCUGUCUUAUAAAAGCUGAGAGUGAAUUUUUAGAAAUCGUAACACUGGAAAAUAUCACCUUGUGAUAUUAGAUUUAUUUAUGUUUUUUUUUUUUAAUUUAUUUGAAUGGACAAUCAACAGGUAGCGAUAAAAUAAAUUACACAAAAAUAAUGAAAUAUAUAUUUUUUAUUCAAUAAAAUUCUGCAGAAUUUAUGUUUAAUUGUUACACUUACCUGAUUUAUAAAUAUAACAAUUUGAAAUGAUUUAUUUGUAAUAAUAAUUAAUUAAUUAAUUAAUAUAAAUCUAUGACAGAAUACCAUAAAAUUGUAAUAUAGUGAAUACAAUAAAUUGUAGCAUCACUAAAAUUACUCUGUAAACCUAUUUUAAUGAAAAGAAACUGUUAUUUAUGGAUAAAUAAUCUAGCCUUAAAAAAUUAGAAAACGUAGAAUUAAUGCAUACAUGGUAAAGUACAAUCAACAUAUGAAAAAGAAAGGUAUCAAAUACGUUUAUUCCUAGAUAAAUGCGGGGAUACAUGACUAAUUUUUUUUAAAGCCAGGAUUUUUCACUCAGCUUUUACUAGACAGGCAUUAUUAAUGUAACUGUUAAAUCCACUUUUUUAUAAGUUUUUAAAUUAAAAAAUAUUUUUUUAAGUGAAAA